AUGGAUUGGUGGAAAGAUUUAAUAGGACUUUAUGUGAAGUACUGGCCAAAUGUAUUAGACAAUAUGAUGAGAAAUGGACCAAAUUUAUCUCAACAGCUUUUCUAUGGCCGCGAUGCUAUAUUACCGGUCGAGACAGUUGUAAUAACAUAUCCAGCUGAGCCAACUACUGAAGCCAAGACCCAAGAUUAUUUUUUCUGA